AUUUCGGGCUUGACUUCGGGGACCCCCCAACAACGCCUCCUUCGCCGCCUUCCUCUCUCUCUCUCUCUCUCUCUCUCUCUCUUUCUCUCGUGUUCGUUGGAGAAGAGCUUCGCUUUUAGGGUUUCUCUAGGGCCUGGAUCUCGCCGCUGCGUGGCGGACCUCGCCCAAAUCGCCACCUUGGCCCUCUUUUGCAGGUGAAUUCGAUCCCAUUGUUUCUCGAUCUGUGUGAUCUGGUUGUGAGAAAGAUCGGAAUUGGAUCGAUUAGGGUUUGGAUCUCAGCUUCAUCUUUUGUGUCCCUUUCAAGAUUGGGUCUGAUUUGGUGUUAAGUUUUGGAGAAAAGAUAAUAGUUUGCUUCUCUGAUUUCUUGUAUACUUUCGUCAAAGUUCGGGUUUUAUUGUGUCGUGGUGGUGGUGGUGGUGGUGGUGGUUGGAAUCUGAGAAUUCGGUUGGGUUUCCUUCUUGAUCUUCAGGGAAUUGGUGGAUUUUGUUCUGAAUCUUUUAGGUUUUUUGAGGGUUGAUUUGAAGUAGUUUUUUAGGGUUUUGUUUGGAUCUUUCGAAUGGGUAGCAACGAUUGUGGAGGUGCUUCUUUUAACGUUCCAAGGCAAUAUGGCGUGACGAAGCCGCUAUCCACCGCUGGGCCGACUGAAGCGGACCUGCAGAGAAACAUGGAAUUAGAGAAACUUUUGGUUGAUGCUGGGCUGUACGAGAGCAAGGAGGAAGUUGUAUUGAGAGAAGAGGUUCUUGGGCAGCUAGAUCAGAUUGUAAAAAGUUGGGUUAAGCAACUAACUCGCCAGAGAGGAUAUACUGAUCAAAUGGUUGAAGAUGCAAAUGCUGUCAUCUACACAUUUGGUUCCUAUCGACUGGGGGUUCAUGGUCCUGGAGCUGAUAUCGAUACUCUCUGUGUUGGACCUUCUUAUGUCAGUCGAGAGGAGGAUUUUUUUAUUAUUUUGCAUAAAAUUUUGGAAGACAUGGAGGAAGUGUCUGAACUGCAGCCUGUUCCAGAUGCUCAUGUUCCAGUGAUGAAAUUCCGAUUUCGUGGAAUAUCUAUAGAUCUUCUUUAUGCUAGUAUCUCCCUCUUAGUUGUUCCGGAGGAUUUGGACAUUUCUAGUGGAUCAGUGCUUUACGAUGUUGAUGAACCAACAGUUCGAAGUCUUAAUGGUUGUAGGGUAGCAGAUCAAAUUCUUCGACUUGUUCCAAAUGUUGAGAACUUCCGGACUACGCUUAGAUGCUUGAAGUUUUGGGCAAAAAGACGUGGUGUUUAUUCCAAUGUUACUGGGUUUCUUGGAGGUGUCAAUUGGGCUCUACUUGUUGCUCGUGUCUGUCAGCUUUAUCCCAAUGCUGUUCCAAGUAUGUUGGUUUCCAGAUUCUUCAGGGUUUAUACACAGUGGCGUUGGCCAAAUCCUGUUAUGUUGUGUCCAAUUGAGGAGGAAGAUCUUGGAUUUCCUGUGUGGGAUCCCCGUAGAAAUCCUCGUGACCGCACUCAUCAUAUGCCGAUAAUUACACCUGCAUACCCAUGCAUGAAUUCUAGUUAUAAUGUCUCAACAAGCACACUUCGUGUUAUGAUGGAGCAGUUUCAGAAUGGCAACAAAAUUUGUGAGGAAAUUGAGCUCAACAAGGCCAGUUGGAGUGCUUUAUUUGAAUCUUAUUUUUUCUUUGAAACAUAUAAGAACUAUCUUCAGAUUGACAUUGUUGCGACUGAUGCUGAUGAUUUGCGUAUAUGGAAGGGAUGGGUGGAAUCUCGUUUGAGGCAGUUGACAUUAAAGAUUGAACGAGAUACGUAUGGCAUGUUGCAGUGCCAUCCAUACCCCCACGAUUAUGUUGAUGCAUCUAGGCAAUGUUCUCAUUGUGCUUUUUUCAUGGGAUUGCAAAGGAAACCGGGGGAAAGAGUUCAAGAAGGGCAGCAGUUUGAUAUACGGGCAACGGUGGAGGAAUUUAGGCAUUCAGUUAAUAUGUACAUGUUCUGGAGACCAGGGAUGGAAAUCAGUGUUUCUCAUGUUCGUAGGAAGCAGAUCCCAUCCUUUGUGUUUCCUGAAGGGUACAAGCAUUCUCGACCUGCCAGACUAUCUCAGGCUGGGAAAGUUUCUGCUGAAAAUGGAACCUUGGAGUCCGAGGGAGGGUCAUCAGAGAGACGACAAUGCAAGAGAAAGAAUGACGCUGAUGCAUGUGAUGCAGAAUCAAGCAGACCAGAGAAGCGGCAAUCAGUUAGUCCGAAUAACAGUAGCACACAAGCGGCUGUUGAGGAGUCGGAUGAACACCCAAAACAGGAGCAGGAAUCGUCAUCUCAAAGCAUCAGUGGCAACUCAGCAGGAUUGGAAAGGAAGCAAUGUAAUGGGGGUGCUGCUUCCAGAUCAAUUGAUUCAGCAGUGGACAACCGAGAGAAUACUUCUUGUCAAAAAAAUGGCAUCUGUUUAGGCACUUUGAGCAAUGAUGUGAUGGAAUCAGAAGGGCAGGAUUGCUGCUGCAGGAUCGGUGAGGUUACCGGAAUCGAGAGCCAGGGAUCUUUGCUGGGGAACUCAUGCCAUCACACAAUUGGACCGAAUUUGCUAGAGAAUGAGAAAGGGAGCAGAUCUAGGUUGCUCCAGAGUGGGCUGGAGUCAAAACCAGAUACGGUGAUCGUUGAAGCUCAUGGAGGCGUGAGUUCGGAUCCGGUGCAAAAACCAGUGAUAAGGCACGCAUCGAUAUUUUUCACUGAACUUGUUCGUAUACAUAUUUACUCUGGAUUGUCUUUUUUCUUGGCUGUUCGAUAUAUUUUGGCAGGUUGAGUUUAACAUCUACAGCAUGAGGGUUUUGAAAGUGACCCUGUAGAGGAUGAACUCUGAUAGGCCAUGGCACCUGAAAACUUCAAGUCAAUUUAUGAUGCUCGUAAGAGACGAAAGUUCACUUGGAUUUCGUGGUCGGGUGUAAAUUAGUUCCUGGUGUCUGAGAAUAGUCGGAUGCAUUGAACUUAAUAUUAGUCCCUUUAUGAUCUCUCGCCUGGAUUUUAGGUUUAGAUUAGGUUGCCUUUCUUUUCAUCUCUUUAGUAGGACUGGGAGUUUUUGGUUUGUAAACUGAGAAUUUUCUCAUCUUGUUGGUGGACCAGUCUGAUUUGAAAAUUGAACAGAAUUUGGAUGGCUUGCCAUUCAAAUCUCCACCAUAAUAUUUUUUUUUUUUGAAAAUUUGGCAUGCCAUUCAAAUAUCUCACUAAACUAAGGAAGAAGGGUUUGUGUGAUGUGUGACUUGAGAGGGUUGGGUGCCAUCUUUCCUGA